AUGAAAGAAGUAUCGUUAGAAAACGAACUGGAGCUUAUCUACGAGUACACGCUGUCAGUGGAGCUUUUAAUAAAAAGGCUGAGUGAUUAUAUCAAGAGGAAACAGACACAGAAAAAGAUAAUCGAAAGGAGGGACCUCUUCAACAAAUUUAUUCUAAAGUACCUAAAUAAAAAUGUCCCAUCGAAGCUAUCUCAUCAUAUGAGGUAUACCAAGAAUAACAAAUUUUAUGAACAAAUUUUUCUGUGCGCCUUUUACCAUGUCAUUGUAAAGUUGGUGCUGCGCGACCCGCUCUUCGGUUUGCAGAAGGGGGGACGAAGCGGGAAUGAGGGGUCAAACGAAAGUGAUGGUUGUAACUUGAAUGGAGGGCAGCCCAAAUGUGAAGAAAAAAAAAAUGCAUAUGUAACCGCGAAUGAGGAGAUGGGAAAGAAAGAGGAAGUGUCAAACAAAGCGCUGGAGUACAUCACGAGGGAGAAUCUGCCGUGCCAGAAGCUAAGUGACGGAUUUUUAAUUCUCCAUUCGACGUAUGAGCAAAUAUGCGACGUGAUCUAUGCCUUCAGCGUUAUAUGCUAUGCGUACGAGUUUCACUCUUUUUUUAGGAUAAAAAAUGUGAAAAUUGCAAAAGGGGACAAGUGCGCGUUUGGCUUUUUCAGCUGGAUUUACGACAUCAAGUGGUUCGUUUUGAGGAGUUUGAAGCUGGGGGAGGUGCGCUCAGGUGGGAGAAGUGGAAGAAGCGGGAGAAGUGGCAGGGGUGGCCAAAGCGACCGAAGCAAUGAGAGCCCUUCGGCGGAGAGGCAGAGCCCCGAUGUGGCCCCGAACGACGCGGCGAACUGUGCGAAUGGCGAGGAGAACCAAUUCGACAGUGGAAGCAGCAGCAACGCGGAUUUUCUGGCAACCAGAGCGGUUGGAGGCAACACCGUUGCAAAGAUGUGUGUAGAGAAAAAUGAUCCACAGGGGAAUUCAACCCACCUGGGUAGCAGCACCGUGGAAAUAGAAAACCCUUUUGUUGAUGAAGAAUUUUUCAAUUUCAUGUUAAACAGGGGCAAACAUAUCGAGAGAAUUUUCUUGGGCCAUCCGGAUGAGGUCCAAAGUUGCUGCGCUGGCAUAAAUGGCGAAGGAGUUUCAAGCACCCAUUUAGGAAGAGGCACCAACCCAGGGGGGAAACACACCCAAGAUGAUAAGAGAAGGAGUUACCCAAAUGGUACUUCCGAUGGGAUGAACAACUCAGUUGGAGCUUCUGUGGGGGCCCUUCCCGGGGGAAACGCCGACGUAGGAAGAUGUGCCCAACAUAGAAGUGAUACAAAAAGGGUGUUAAAUUAUACCUGUGGAUGUGGGUGGAAGGUAAAAAACUACAGCGAAGUGAAGUCCCAUUUUGAACAGCUCUACAGCAGGAUGAAGAACGUGAAGACGUCCAAAUUGUACGUACCCCUCUGCCUGUACGUCAAUUACUCAUUUGAUUUUUACCACUUGAGCACAAAAAGGAAAAUUUGGAAAAUCUUAAAUUUUAGUUUAAGUUUCGAUGAAGGGGCGUAUGACUCUUCAAAAGUUGACAAGAAUUGCAAUGCAAAUCAUGUAAACAGUUUUUUUUCAAAUUGGAAGAGGCAGCCGGAGGAAGAAGCGAACAAGAGAAGCUGCGUUUCGUUUUAUAUGGGAGGCCUCGUCGAGUUCAUUAACAAAAAUAACACUUUCGAGAGGAGACACAUAAUGGUUGCGCUGAAAAAAUUUAUCGACAGCGAAAUGCUCCAGGGGAAUAAUUCGCCCUCCCUGGAGGAGAACGAAGAGGAAGAAAAAAAAAAUAAAAGUGAUGCCGCAGAGUGUGAUGAAUACCAUAAGAUAUUUUACACGCCCAUUGGGGUGUUUGGUCAGGAGGGAGACAUUGGAAGGAGGGAAGCCGACUGUAAGAACAACACCCACAGUGUGUCAGCCGCUAACCAUGUUAGUUAUGACCAUGCAGGUGCAGAAAUGGAGCAAGUCCAACCGUGUGGAGAGGCAAACUCCCCAUGGAAUGGCACAACAAUGGUUGACACGCAAAAAAAAGCCGAAAGGGGAAGAAAAAAAAAUGUGCAAAUUGACCCAUUUCAACGAGGAAGUAACCAAAACUAUAUCAUUAUGGGGAUAAACGAAUUCGUUAGUGAGCACCUUUAUAUGUUCAUUUCGUAUGUCUGCUUGAACGUGACAAAAAUUGCCAUUUUCCUAAUCGAGAGAUACAGCCUGACCAUCCCGAACAGGUACCUUGAUCUGAGCUCCUACCUAUUUAUAUGCCAAGCGAAUAAACUGAAUACAAACAUUCUGCAUUUCAUAAACAAGUAUAACAUUCACCGGUAUCUUUUUCGAAAUGAUGUUUCGAAGAAGGACUUGAAGGAAAAUUAUUUUAUUUACAAAAAUAUCGAGUGCAGUGAGAUGGGGAGAAAGCACAACGAUUUGUACUUGAAAUUUUUGGAAGACAUUCAAACGCAGCAUUAUGUGACUGGCUCUGGAGGGAACAAGAGGGCAGGUGCGGGACCCUCCUCUGCAAAUGCGAACGGUAACAGGGGGAGAAAUAACUACUCGGUGCGCGUCAGCUUGAGGGAAGGGCGACGCAGAGGGAAGCACCUCGGGGGGAAUUUGGACACGGGGUACACGUAUGAUAGUGGCAAUGGGGGCAGCAACGUGGGCAUCACGAGCAGUAGUAACAGUGGCAGCAAUAGUGGAAGCCACGGGGGGGGAAGCCAUGGAGGAAGCCAUGGGGGAGGAAGCCGUGGGGGGAGCCACAGCGGAAGUCACAGUGGAAGCCUCAGCGGAAGCAACCGAAGCAGAAGCAGGAGCGGCAAAAUGGAUUGCACACCGAACGCGUACAGGGAUAGCCGCAACCAACGUGUUAACUACCCCGCGUCGACUAAAAAGGAAAACGUGCAAGGUGGCAAGAGAAACGUGUUGGUAGUGCCAGGGAAUCACAGCAGGCAGUCAAGCGGAGGGAAGAGUUGCCCCAGCAGCAAUGCCAGUUCCAAGCAGGGGCAGCACAGUGGUAGCACUGCUGCUGUGGAAAGGCGCGAAGUGGGGGGGGUACUAGAGCUGCCAAGAGGUAGCCACUCCGCGAUGAACAGCCCGAGUGAGGAAAUGGCCCCCGAUGUGGCAGCUACAGCUACAGCUAUAGCUACCAUUUUGUUGCCAACAGAUGGGGGGGGCGCUAAAGGGGGUGCUGAACAAAUCGGUGUUUUUCGUCGUGUAGAUGACGUCUUCUUGGGUGGAAGCAACCCGAGUGGAGGCACCAACAGUGAGCACCCCCUCCAUGCGGGCGCAACCCAACAGGGUGACCAAGCCGAAAGCAAAAGAAUGGAUGAGGUAGAUCAUUCCCCGAUCUUCAGCCACAUUAACAGCAGCAAGUAUUACGCUGACCUUACGUACAACAAUUGCGAAGGCGCACAGUACUACUACGCGGUUCGAAACAACUUGUGCAAGAGGGAGGAUGCGCACAAUAGGGUGAAGAUGUCCCAUUCGGAGGGGUGCAAGCAGGAGAAGCCGUCGGAGCGGUCUGAGCGGCAGGAGCGAUCUGAGCAACCAAAUUGGCAGGACAAAAAUGGCGACGCGUUUGCGAGUGAAGCGCCUAACGUGGUGGAGAGUUGGCACCACGGCAGUGGUGGUGGGGGCCACGAAAGGGCGGUUAGCGCUCCCCUGGUUAGCGGUUCCCCGAUUGGCGGUCCCCUGGAUAGCGGUUUCCCGAUUGGCAGCCCCCAGAUUAGCUGCUCCCCCAUUGGCAGUCCCCUAAUUAGCUCCUCCCCGGGUAGCGCCCCACUAAACCCCGCGCAUGUUAGAAGCAUAAACUUCCUAAACCGGGAGGCGUACCCCGUGAAGCUGAACGUGCCGUACAGCCUGCACCUGAAUGACAUUCUAAAGAACGACGCGCGCAUUUCACACGUGGUGGACAGCUGCAAGGGAAACAAAACGCUGGAGCUAGAGCUGAUCAAGCAGCAGCUAAAAAACGGAAACGUAAAAUACGCAAUCAAGUUAUUGAAAAUGUUCAAUUACGAGUUGCUGCAAUUUCCAAAUUUAUUUUACUACCUAAAUUAUAAGUCCUACAAUUAUUUGGUGAAUACCUUCGACAAGAGGUACAUAAUUUACUACCUCUAUGAUAAUCCGAAGUAUUUGAAGAUGUAUUUUAAUGCUCUGUUGAAGAAGAAGAGUCUGGAGGCGUCUGUCAUGGCUGUGUACUUUUUGUACCCCCUGUACAUUUCGUCUGAAGACGCGGACUUUCGGAUGUUUUAUUUUUUGUUUUUCAAGCCGAGGAAGAUGAAGAAGGCGAAUUAUAACAGCAACAUUGUGCAUAACGAGCCGUACCUGCGGCAGUACGAAAAUGAGCACAGGGAUAGGGAUAAGGAGCGAGAUAGGGAGCGAGACGCGGGGAAGAGCGGCGAUGGGAAUGCCUCCGAAAAUGGGGGCGAAAUGGCCGCUGCGAGCGGAGUGGAGAGGGCCGUCCCCCCCGUUGCAGGCACCAACCCCCUGUGCAACCAGAACUACAACAGUAUCUACUCCUUCCUGAAGAACGAAUGCGUAAUUAUUAAUGACCUCCAUUUUUGUUUCAAAAAUGAGGAAGUCAUGCCGUUCGACAGCGUGACGAGGAAGGUAUACAAAUUGACAGACCUGUGCAAAUAUUUCGACGUAUUUGAAAAGCUAAAAAAGAUUAACACGGAAAUUAUUAGGAACUCGUUUGAUUAUCUAAUUAAGAGAAACGGAAAGUGUUCCUGUCCUAAGAAUUUCAUCUGCAUAAACGACUUAGGGUCAUCCCUCAAAGUAGUAAAAGUUGUAGAAACGUUCGAAGAUUUCUUUACUCUUUAUGAACAUAUAAAGAAAAAGGAGAGAGUCAUAUUUAUAGACGCGGAAUGGAAGUGCUCCAUAUUUCGUGAAAAUCCCAUCGUUUCUAUUUUUCAAGUGGCCCUAAAGGAUACCCCCAUUUCGUACAUAAUUGACUUGAAAAAAAUUGCAGUAGAAAAUUACGAAAUUAAUUACUACAUUUCGGACCUUUUUCGGGACCAAAAUAUUAUAAAAGUUGGAGUGGCCUUUUUAAACAACGACAUGUUGCACUUUAGAAAGUACUACGACAUAUUUGCUAUGUUGAAAUGGGAGAAGUAUCACAGCAUAUUGGUGGACAGCUUUGAUAGGGGAGAAGAAGUACCCAUGGGGGAGGAAAAUGCCGACUUUUGGGCUGCAGAGAAGCUCCCUUUAGGAAAGGAACAAAUGACUAGCAAUAGUACAAGUGACUGGGAUGUGUUGCUAAGGAGGGCCAUGAAAAGCGUCUACGAGAGUGAUGACCGCAGUGGAAGUGCAAAUGAUGGUGGGGUGCAUCUUAACGAAGGGGAGCAGGGCCAGCACAGCAACAGGAGUGGUGCCCAUUCAUCAGAUAACCGGAGGAAAGAACAAGGAGGAAAACAAAACUUUCACCUUUGUGACGACGUAAGUUAUAAGAACAUCUUUCCGGUUAACUAUUUUGUGAAAUACAAAAAGAACGAAGCACUGAUAGAUAAGCACUUAAACUCUAAGUGUAGCGCCUGUGGGAAGGUUGGGAUUUAUAGCUGCAUACACAAGUACUACGACUUGGAGUGCAUUUACCUGAAAUAUUAUGAGCAGCUGAAGGGGCACUUUCCCCACCUACGAAAGAACAUGAGUUAUUCUGUCAAAAUUUUUGGGAAAGCCUUAUGUCCGGAUAAGGAAGUUAACAAGGAGUGCCAGAUAAUGAACUGGAACUUCAGGCCCCUCUCCUCCAUCAGUGUGGAGUAUGCCAUAUUGGACGUUCUCAUUUUGAAGAAUUUUUUUAAUUUAAUUCAGUCAAAGUUGUCAUUUAGCAUCGAGCAGGCCCUCUAA